AUGGGUAAGAGGAAAGGUUUACAAUCCGACCGGUUAUCUCCACCAAGCGGCAGUCCGCCACGUGCGACAACGACUAAUGUUGUCGCGCGACCAAAUACUCCUUCGAGCGCCGUACAGAUCCCCAUUAGAUCAAAGCAUGACACCGCGCACUCUCACUCGCACAGGCUGCGACCCCAUGCGCACGCGCAUCGAGCUAACUCUUCUCCAAAUCGAAACUCUCGAGAUGUACACUCACCCGAUGCUAUCCCGCCGUCGGUGGCGGCAUUGCUCGCUAUCACUACUAUUCCCCCACCUAAAAGACAUGGGGGAUCACGGCAAAAGCAAUCUAGGGAGUCGUCUAGGGACUCCCGGAUGACGGUAAACUCGAUUGUACCUCGGUCUCAAGUCUCAGAGAAAGAGUUAAGCCAGGAACUGAGUGAGGAAUUCGCACAAGAUUUGAGCGAUAUCAGCUUCACCUCCUAUGAUCGCAGCCCUAUGGAAGUUUUGCUCAGCCCUCCGGAUGAGCUCGAUGAAGAUGAGGCAUCUUCAAAUAGCGAUAGCGCACUCGCAUCACCAUUCUCAACCCGCGCAGCAUCGUUUGACAGUAUACCUUCCCUAGGCGAUUCGUUUGGAACUAGUCUAGUUACUUCUAUCGACUCUCCCGUUACCCCACGCGGGAGAAGGAUACGAUCGCCGAGGCGUUUGCUAGAGCCGGUGUCUUCACCACCCGGUCAACAUUUCGAACAUCCGCUUUCUACUAAGGAUAAUCUGGACGUUGACGAGCUUGACUUUAGAGUCUUCACCCCAAAACCAAGCCCAACUGAGCAGAAACAGACUACUGGGCUCAUGCCACUUAAAUCCGUCUUCAAAUCGAAUUUGACGGCGUCGCUUCGUGCAUUGCGUUCUGCCGCCCGAUCAUUAUCUAGUUUUACAUCUUCGUCGAUACCCCCAGAUGACUUCCUUACUAGAUCUAUACUCACAAUCGACCCACGGGUCCCAUUCACCGACGAGAGAAUGCCUCCUGUCUUGGGAGAAGAACCCAGCGAAGCCAUGCGUCGUUAUCUAAACCCGACCAGUGUACGGCCCGAAUCUCGCGCACGGCCAACGUUUCGCAGUUAUACAGCGUCUAUUCAGAUGCAAACCUAUAAAGUGCAACGAUCAAGGAGUGCCCCGGCAGCUAGUCGUUCAGGCGGUCAAGUGGGCAAUUCUAACAAAUCACCGAACGCGUACGUCUUUCCACCGGGUCCUCGCCAGCGGGAAAUUCGGGAGAACUCGGACUUCAUUCGAAUUGCUGUCUUGGAACACCUAAUGCGCAAGCGUGGUAAAUUAGACGACCAACGCGAAGGACACGCACGGUGGCUUCUACCGCCAAGAAAGUCUACAACAAAACCCUACGAGAUUAGACCCGAUGGCGUUCCCGCGAGAUGGGUUGCAAUUUCACAGGACGUCAUCUAA